UCAUAUAAAACAGUGGAUAUCACUUUACGAUAGUGAUAGUACUUUGAGUUCAGUUCAGAGCUCAGACACUCUCUAGAGACUGUAAUUGAUGGAUGAAAUUGAACACAAGUUCGUCAACGUGGGAGCUCUCAAACUCCACGUAGCGGAAGUUGGAACCGGUCCAAACGUCAUCGUAUUCCUCCACGGCUUCCCUGAAAUAUGGUACUCCUGGCGCCACCAGAUGAUAGCCCUCGCCGCUGCCGGAUUCAGAGCUAUCGCCCCCGAUUACAGAGGUUACGGCUUAUCUGAUUCGCCAACCGAACCCGAAAAGACUAAAUUUUCUCAUCUUCUUGACGAUCUCCUAGCAAUUCUCGAUGCUCUUUCUCUUUCUAAGGUGUUCAUUGUUGGAAAAGAUUUUGGAAGUCGUCCUGCAUAUUUGUUUUCCAUUUUGCACCCGGAAAGGGUCUUGGGAGUUAUCACUUUGGGAGUUCCAUAUGUUCCACCGCGCCCCGCUGUGUAUGAUAAAGUCCUCCCUGAAGGUUUCUACAUUUUGAGAUGGGCGGUACCAGGAAGAGCAGAGGCUGAUUUUGGACGCUUUGAUGCAAAAACUGUUGUUCGAAAUGUUUACAUCCUUUUCUCAAAGAGUGAAAUACCAAUAGCUGAUGAAAACCAGGAGAUCAUGGAUUUGGUUGCACCUAAUACCCCUCUUCCGUCUUGGUUCACUGAGGAGGAUCUUGCCACAUACGGAGCUUUGUAUGAAAAAUCUGGAUUCAGAACUGCAUUGCAGGUUCCAUACAGAUCAUUUGGUGAAGACUUUAACUUGCCGGAUCCUGUAGUCAAAGUUCCCGCACUACUGAUAAUGGGGGGCAAGGAUUAUGUUUUCAAGUUCCCAGGGAUUGAGGAUUUAACAAAGGGUGAAAAGGCGAAAGAGUUUGUUCCUAAUCUGGAGAUAACAUUUAUUCCAGAGGGAACCCAUUUUGUGCAAGAACAAUUUCCAGAACAGGUGAAUCAGCUUAUCCUUGCCUUCCUUGCCAAGCACACUUGAUUUGUGGUGGAAGUUUAGUAGUAUUCUGUGAUUUAUGGUGAAAUAAAUGCCAAGGCAUUGGCAAUAGCCAUCUAUAGUGAUGGGAUCAACUUCAUCUUAAAUUGGAUCACCCUUAACAUUUUGGAUUUUGCUUGAUAGAAUUGAAUAAUAUAAUACUUGUGAUUCACUUGGGUUAUUAAGCUGUGAUUUUUGCACUA